UUACUAUCUGUAGUCACCCUGGGCUAUGCAAACCGUGGACAGGCCACAACGACGACGUCAACCACGGCUACAUCCACACCAACAACGUCGUUGAAAACAAAAACAAUCGGCGCAGAUCAUUCAUCCACAGAAGUUGUUCCCCUCACGAACUUGGUAACCUCUGAGUGUCCGAACCAGGGAACCAAUAUAAAAGCCUGUCAUCCGCUAGCCGAUCUCAGCUCGCUUCUGCUGCUCGUUUUGACUACGCAGGCGGGUUCUAUUCUCAAAUGCUCCGCUCUGUUGGCCGAACUUGGACUAAACACCCAGACCGCCACAUUGAAUCCCUAUCGUGUAGCCCUGUUUUCCAUCACCGAUGUGAAUGCUCCUGUUCCCGAUGAGAAGCGGCAGGAUCAGGAACUUCCUCAAACGUCCGCUUCUCUCAAGGGCGUUGUGUCUGUGACACCACCCGAAAUGACGGGAUUUUCCGUGGACUUUUUGAGCAUUCGGGACACCGCUGCCGACACGUUACAUCAAGACAAUAGCACAUUGCUUCUCUAUCUACUGCUUCAUCGAAAUGCGCACUUUCGGAACUUUCUACUACAAAGGCGCAACUAUGAUAAAUUGCUGUUGCCGCUGCUGAACAUAAUCUACCGAUCACCCGGUGAUAGUUCUCCUCUGGUGUACAUGGCCCUCAUUAUAGUGCUUAUCCUAACGGAGAGCGAACAGUUUAACGAAGAAAUCCAUUCUGUGCCCAUCAACUGGGUUACCUGGUCUGCCAACCGUCGUAUUUCCGGUGUGUCGCGUGGCAGUCUCCUCAUCCUGAUUCUUCUCCGUACAAUUCGGUAUCACCUUAAUCGACUCAAGGAUCGAUACCUUCACGUGAAUAUCCUCGCUGCCUUGGCCAAUUUGUCAGCCAAAGUGACCAACAUGCAUUCGUUUGUCAGUGACUCGUUUAUGUGCAUACUUCAGUUGCUUGCGAAGCGUUAUAACCGUACGGUCGAGCAACUCCGGUUACUGUCUGUUAAAGAAACCCAAUCAGUGGACGAUACAUCGAUCGCAAACACGGACAAACAGACAGGAAGUGCUAAUGCCGUUACUCACGAGGAAGACGCAUUGGUUCAAGAGCUCUCUUUGCUGGAAGAAGUAAUUCGGAUGGUGUUGGAGAUCCUCAACUCUAUACUGACACACGUGCUUGCGGAAAAUGUGAAUCUCACCUAUUCACUGCUGUAUAAACGAGACUGCCUGAACUCGUUACGCUCACACCCCGCUUUUCAGAGUGUGAUUCAGAACUUGGACACGAUCAUAUCCUAUUUCACCAAGAAAAUGGAACAGGAACUUGGUGAGACCCCUACGUCUCCAAGUGCUCUACUUGAGCUAAUUCGAAAGCACUCACCGCAUAUCAACCGUCACUGCAACCUCAAAAAAUUCCCCGAUUUGAAAUUCAAGUACGUUGAAGAAGAGUCACCGGACGAAUUUUUCAUCCCAUACGUUUGGACUAUUGUUCUUCAUCAGUCAGGUAUUGCAUUCCAAACGGAGGGCUUAAGUUUGUUUUCCACCGAGAUGCCAUCCGAUGAGACACGGAACCACGUAGAUGAAGAAUCCGGUGACCGUCGGGAGGAGGUUCAGCGGGAGCUCCACGAUCACAAACAUUCCCCUUGCACCGAUGAUCAACCACACGAAACAGGCGAGAUGACAACUUUCACCGAUUCCACACCCACAGCUGUCUGACUGAUAUUUUUCGUGUUUUUUUCGAUUGCAUAUCACCUCUAGCUCGUAUUAUUGGUGGGCUCGGUAAUGUGUAAUUGCUUCUGAGUUCUGAUCCCAUUCUGCCGUGAUCUUCAUAUGUUGUUAUCUGACUCGCUAUGGACUUUUGUCUUCUUUUGUCACCCUGUUGACCUUCCCAUGCGUUCAUAACGGAAUUUUUAUCUGUGAUCAGUACAAAUAAUUUUCGGACUCGUAUGAUCUGGAUACCCAAGGAGCAGUACGUAGUCCAUUCAUGUAAUUAUCCUCAGUGGUCACAUGGAUCAUAGUCUACCAGUGGGCAUCCGUUUUACUGCGGUGAAGUUGUUUCUUCAAUUCAAAUUUGUAUGAUGACCGACCGUUCAGUUUUGGACCGCGGGAUGCUGCUCCUGCUGCUGGUCACAAAGUCGCAUCUAAAAAACUAACAUGCUCUUGUUUUAAA